CUCGGAAUGAACAUUGAUAUAUAAAAUUGCCAAACAUCUACCUUAAUUUCUUUUCUAAUUUCACCAGUGUGUCUUUAAGUUUUGUCUUUUCCGUUGAAAAAUCUUUGAUGGCAUUUUCAAAAGCACUAUCGACCAGAUUACGUACAUCUCUCGUUGUUGAUAAAGCUAUUUUAUAUUUCUCUUUUUCUGCCUCGAACGCCAUAUUGGAUUUUUAAAGAACUUUAUGUAACCAAUCAUAAAGUGGCUCACCGCGAAAAACUUCAGAAACACGAGCGCAGCCAAUCAGAACCACUGUUAUAUCAUCUAAUAACGACAGUGUAGAAAACGCGAUUUGAUUGGUCAAUACCCGUGCAGGAAAAACCAUAGGGAAAAACCCUCAGAAAAAUGAACGCAGCCAAUCAGAACGCGCGCGGAAUAAAUUUGUUACAACCAAUUUGGCGCGAUGUGGCGCGAGAUCAGAUCACCAUAGCAACAUCAGUCAAUCAACAACAUUCCAUCAUAAAAGCAAGGCUUCGCUAGUAUUUGAUUACAUUGUUUGGCAGAAACCGGCUCGAGAAAAUAUCGAAAAAUUACUUAGGCGUUUUAAGGAUGGAAGUUACACGUGCUACUAUCGGUUCAGACUCGUGGAAGAAAGCGAGCGUUAAAAAUCUACAGCUGGGCAAGGCCGUCAUGGACAGAAGCGAACAUGCAUGUGAAUUGGGCAAGGAACUCGACCCGUUGCCAAGCUUACGAGACAAUUGUAUCCAGCAAAGUAAUGCUAGAAUUCACGCUUAUGUCAGAGCUACGAGAGCGGUUGUUGUCAAGUUACGCGAAAGCCUUCUCGAUACCAAUAAAGAAAUAAAAUCGCUCACACGGUGUAAGGAGAGUUUGGAGCGAGCUUUAGAGCAUGUCAGAAAAGACUUGUUGCUCAACCAAAGAUCCUGUGAAGUUCGUGCUAAGCGUCCCCCCAGAGAAAGGGUAGGUUUUAAAUCUACAUUGGGUUCUUUAAAGAUGUGUAUCUAUGCAGAUUCUUUAACACAACGUUUUAUUUUACCGAGUUUAUAAUUCCCAUUAGUUCACCAUUUUGUAUUAAAUAUAACGCUAGGCUAAAAUUUAUAUUAUAUUUGCUCAAAUAUUGCUUUCAUAACCUGAAAAUAUAUACAAAAGUAUUGCUAUUGAAAACUGAAAAGUAGCAUUUCAAUCGGUUGUUUUGUUGCAAAAGGAAUGACUUUUUGAAACUAUAAUUUUGCCUUUUUAAUAAUGAAUUUAUUAGGGAUUUAAAUUAUAACAUUUUAUAUUGUCAUGUUAAUUUGAAGACGCUUUGACGUUUUGUGUGUAUAAAUAUUAACACUUAAUUAUUUUCCAUCGGUACUGUUUAGUCUCCAGGGCGUUAGAUUUUAGUCUUUUUUGAAACGUGUGUAUUUGUGAUCUUUAAAUUUUCCGUGUUUAAUUUUUGCGUUGACAUAUAAACAGUUGUGAUCAUUUGGAGAUUUAGACUUUGUCUGGCCAAUUUUAUUAAUUAAAGCUUAAUUUUAACAGCGAAUCUGUUACCGUUUAUCAUAAAUUUGUGUAGGACAAAGUGUGAUUUUAUGUAAAAAUAUUGGAUGCAAAUUUAAGAUGGAAAAUUAUACAAAGUACAAGAUGCUUUAUUGAGCUGGCGAGCAAGUUUACAACGCCGUAGUCAAGACGACGCCUCUUAAAAUAUUCAUAAACUUAUCGCUUUGUUUACGUUGUAAAUUCAACGGCUUAGCUUGUGAUUCCUAACAACACAUUAUUUAUUAAUUAAAAACAAAUCGAAAAUGAAUCUCAUGUAACACUGUAGCAAGUUUAUACUAAAAAUGUUACAAUAAAAAUUUUCCGUUUUGCAACAUCGAAUGUUUGAUACGCAUCGUCGAAUUUUGCAUAGUUUACAUUUUUGCGUGUCUGCGAUGAAUGACAUGUCAAUGGUCAAUAGACGGCUUAAUUGCUUCGAAAAUAUGUAUAAUUUGACUCAGACAGAUCGUCUUUUUUUGAGAAUUAUUAAUUUGGCAGAAGCGUGCUUCUAAAUUGGAUUUAUACACAGACUCAGAAUUUCAUGAUUAGUAGCCUGUAUGCAGACGGUGUGAAUUGGUAUAUAAGGUCUGCGAAUCGACGCUAAAAGUUGUGUUUGGUUGCGCGAAUUUUCCAACAAAAGAUAGUAGGAUUACUGGUACAUCCAUAAACAUAAACUGUGAUCACUGGACCCAUACUUAUUUUUCUAUUUUAAUUGGAAAGCAUUUGUAGAGUUUGUCCAAACGGAUUAUUUGUAUCUAGUGCCAUGAUAACUUAUUCUUGUCUUUUCAUAGUUACAAGAUGGCGCAGAUAACUUGCUUACAAACGAACGCCAACGACUUCUCAAACUGAAACGUACGCUUGAGAACCAACUGCGUUCCGUGCAAAAGCAACUUCACCAUUUAGACAGCUGUCGUCAAAGACUUUCAGCCGUCCUUCAAGAGAGAUCUCAAGCGACCGACCUUAUAUGCCAAGCUGUCAGUUCCGUGAAGGGCUCACCGAACCGCAGCAGAGAUCGAUUCCUUGAGAAACCCCAGACGCCCCCUGUGGAACCACUAGGUCCCUACACUCCGGAAGCGGCCCAAUCUAUCUCGAGUGCGUCGCAGGCUAGAGAAUCUUCAGCCAGGCUGAGGAGAUCUGUUAAUGAAGCUAUAGAAGAUGCCAAUCAGUUACAACACUCGACACAUUUUUCUGUUAACCAUGGCUUGACACAGAAAGUAGCAGAGACGGUUAAUAUUAAGGUACAAUUGGUUGAAUUUUUAUCCUUUAUCUUUUGCCAUAUCACCGUCUUCUUUCUUCUUUUACAAGGUCCGUUUCGUCUUCGGUCCCUGCUGGCUCUGUUCCCUUAUAUAGUUAUAUAUCCUGCUCCAUAUAUGUCUUUAACCAACUCUCCUUCAUCUCUUCUUAUUACCUGUCCAUACUAGCUAUACUGUCUCAACCAAGGUUGCUUUCCUCACCUUCUCUACAAUGUCUAUAAUGACUCUGACCAGCUCUCCUUCAUUUCUUCUUAUUACGUGUCCAUACCAUCUCAACCUUGCUUCCCUCACCUUCUCUGCAAUGUCUACCACCCCACAUCUUCUGAUCUCUUCAUUCUGUAACGUCUCUGAGCAGAUCUCGUUCAUCGCUUCUUAUUACGUGCCCAAACGAUCUCAAUGUUGGAGGGUUAAAUCAUAUUUACCCAAACAAUCUCCCUCUCUGCGAAUGUCUACCACCACACAUCAUCUUCUCUCUUGAUUCCUCAUCUCGCCAUCUCGUAAAUUCACAUCUACUUCCUCAUCGGGUCCUCUUUUUCUUAUUGCAGCAACAUUUGCAAGUGAGCUCAGGCCAGACAAAGAUGGCGAUCAAUAGAGGUCAGAGGUGGUUCCACUCAACUGGACUAUCCAUGGGCUAUGCUUUGGUAGGUAGCCGUUUUAUAGUUACUUGUACAUCGGGUAUUGAGGAACCGUAUACUGACUCACAUUUUCUAUGCUUUUAGGGUCCAGUAACUUAUUCAGACUUGACGACUCGUGAAAAGCUGGACCGUCCUGUCGUUUGCGUAUUCCAACGACACCCAGGAAACCAGCUACCCGAGGCCAGAGAUAUCAUUGCAGGCAACGAUGGCUUGCUCGACUCUCUGAACGCUACAGAUCGGAACCUUGGCUUGUUAAAGUUAACCAAACUGCGUCUGGAUGCGGACGCACGUGACAAGAGCGAGGCUGCUCUGUUGGAUUCCAAAGUUGUGCGCAUGCGUCGACGAUUAGCAAAUCACCGCUGGGUUGUUGGCGAUCAAAUAAAAUGUUAGAUUUCAGGACUGAAUUACUGGUGUGAAUAUGUAGCGAAUAAAUACAGUUUUAUAUCUUUAUAUAUAGUAGAAUUCUCACUGUUUGACCAUAUUAAAAGUUUAACUGUAUUACUGUAGAUCACUAUACGAGGUUUAAACCAAUUACGAAUUGUUAAAACAUUCAGGAUAUAAAUGAUCUGAAAUGACUUAACUGAUAUAUAAAAACGUAGUGUGUUUUUUUUUCUAAGGAACAUUAAAGAAAAAAUCAAAGACGUUUUAAAAAUCUAUAAAAUUUACCCAGUAUAUUACAGCGCUAACAAAAUGUGUUCUGUAUGUACAGAAGAUACUACUUUGAACAAUUUCUUGCUAAAGAAGUGAACAGAAAAUAGCAUAAAUUGCGUAACAAAGAGCAUAAAUUGAUAAUAUAGUCUGGCUUUGAAGCAGACAUAUAGAUAUUAAAUAUAAUAAUAUUAAUUAUUAUAAUAUUAGUAUACUAUUUGUUUUGUGCAAAAGUGAAAAAAAAGCAUUUUGAAUGCAUGGUGUUCGUU